GUGCGUGAGGGGGCGGGAGCGCCUGCGAGUAGCGCUCGGGAGACUGUCUGGAAGGAGAGACGCGAGAGACGCGGCGUGGGGAAAGGGCAGGAGCGCGUCGUAUCUUUGAUUUCUAGUUGAAUUUGCUACCACUUCAAUCAAGAUGCCACCAGCAAUUGGAGGCCCCGUGGGAUACACGCCACCAGAAGGAGGGUGGGGCUGGGCCGUAGUUGUUGGUGCCUUUAUCUCUAUAGGCUUUUCCUAUGCAUUCCCAAAAUCCAUCACGGUAUUCUUUAAAGAGAUAGAAAUCAUCUUCGACGCAUCUAGCAGCAAAGUGUCCUGGAUCUCUUCCAUUAUGCUGGCAGUUAUGUAUGCAGGAGGUCCCAUCAGCAGUAUCCUGGUGAACAAGUAUGGCAGCCGGCCAGUCAUGAUGGCAGGUGGCUGCCUUUCAGGGUGUGGCUUGAUUGCUGCCUCUUUCUGUAACACAGUGGAAGAGCUUUACUUUUGUGUUGGGGUUGUAGGAGGCCUUGGACUUGCAUUUAAUUUAAACCCAGCCCUGACCAUGAUUGGCAAGUACUUCUACAAGAAGCGCCCGUUGGCUAAUGGACUGGCUAUGGCAGGCAGUCCUGUGUUCUUGUCUACGCUGGCUCCCCUCAACCAGUAUUUCUAUAGCAUUUUUGGAUGGAGAGGAAGCUUCUUAAUCCUCGGGGGCCUCUUGCUGAACUGUUGUGUUGCUGGGUCUCUGAUGAGACCGAUAGGUCCCAAGCCGGAGCCGCCAAAGAAAGAAGUUAAGGAAGUGUUGCAGGAGGCUGGCAAAGCAGGGGCAAAAGAAGAUGGUGCAGGAGAUGUCAGCGCAGACCUUAUUGCCGGGAAGUCUAAAAAACAGAAGAGCACAGUUCUGGGGACUGUUAACAAGUUUUUGGAUUUGUCUCUCUUCACGCACCGUGGCUUCUUGCUCUACCUGUUUGGCAACGUGGUCAUGUUUUUUGGACUCUUUACUCCGUUAGUCUUUCUCAGUAAUUAUGGGAAGAGUAUGCAUUUCUCUAAAGAAUCAGCUGCCUUUUUGCUCUCCAUUCUAGCCUUUGUAGAUAUGGUUGCCAGGCCAUCCAUGGGCUUGGUAGCAAACACCAAGUGGGUGAGGCCCAGGAUCCAGUACUUCUUUGCUGUGUCUGUAGUUUAUAAUGGAGUGUGCCACCUCUUGGCCCCUAUAUCCACCACCUAUGCCGGCUUUUGCAUCUAUGCUGGGUUUUUCGGAUUUGCCUUUGGCUGGCUCAGCUCUGUCUUGUUCGAAACACUGAUGGAUCUAGUUGGAGCGCAACGGUUCUCCAGUGCUGUUGGUCUGGUGACUAUUGUGGAAUGCUGCCCUGUUCUUUUGGGACCCCCUCUCCUAGGUAAACUCAAUGAUAUCUAUGGUGACUACAAAUACACCUACUGGGCGUGUGGCAUCAUCUUGAUUGUCUCUGGGAUCUUCCUGUUUAUUGGAAUGGGCAUCAAUUACCGGAUGCUGGCAAAAGAGCAGAAGGCUGAGGACAAGCAGAGGGCUGAAGCGAAAGAAGAAGAAACCAACAUUGACGAGGCUGAAAAACAAAAAGAACCCAGUAAUGAUGUGGCCAGUCUGCCUCAGAAAAGCACAGAAGAUAGUGUGAAAGAGGAGGAUAGCCACAUGUGAGAGAGACUGGUAUCUUAAAUCCAGGAGGGCAUGAUGAAAGAUUAUCAAUAUGAUAUGUUGUGCUUGGGUGUGGGUGUGGGGAGCACUGUUGGUAGUGAACAGUGGGGAGACGUUUAUAAAUCAGGUGAUUUUUUUAAAAAAGCUGCAAAUUGUCUUUUUAUCAGCAUUUGACAGUAGCAGAGCUCAAUGGGCAGUGCCAUCUUUUUAUUGGGUAUUGGGUGGGGAGGGAGGGAAAUUUUUAUACUCUGGCUUUUUUAACAGUAAUGUGAAUGUACUAAUAUGUGCCUUAGAGCUUCCACAUUUAGGCUGGAAAAGCCUUACCUUAGUUCUACAAACUGUUCCACUUAGAAUUUUGUAGUCUGCGUAGGCUAUAUCUGUAAAGGAUAUCUUGACUACUUUUUAUGCAGUAGGUUUCAAGGUUGGGUGUUAAAUAAACACUACUUCACAUGCUUCUAAAUUCUGUUACGGCCAGACUUGGUAGAAGUACAAAUAGCUUUGGAGCAUAGGUGAUGAAAAGGUUGGUGGAGUUUUAAUCAAUAUUAUUGCAGUCCUGCUGUUUCUAGAUUCCAGGUACAUGCCAGCUUGAUUGUGUUUCUAACAGUUUUUGAAAACUUUUCUCAUUGUUGUGAGUUGUUUUGUUUUGUUAAAGUCCCUUCUUGGUUAAAUGUGAGUUCUCGCCAUUUGAAUAAAAUAUGCAAAGAGACAUUUCCACUGUCUUUCACUUGACUUAUUAUGGAGUCAAGCCUACUUUCUAGUCACCAUUACUUUACUUACUGGUUGUCAUCAGCCUAGAAUGUCUGCCUUGAGAAAACAUUUCAAAAUGAAAACGGGUAUCUGUCCAAGGAGUUGAGUUGGUUACUUUGCGUAUGCCUUGUGCAUCAAGAGAACCCUCAUUUAUACAGUUUUUCUAUACCCGUUUGACUCAUUCAGUGUCUGAGCUAGCUUUGGAAUAGGAAAGACUAAGGGUGUCACCCUAAGCACAGCUGCUUGCUUACUAACCCCACCACUUCCAAAGGGAUGCAUUUUCAUUCUCAUGUUCCUCUUUAAGUAGUGAUCUGACUGGGUGGCGAUGAAAUCUGGUACCCCAUUUUGUGGAGAGUAAUGCUCAGAAAACAGUGUCUCAGCACUAGCUAAACUGUUGAGUAGAUACUUCUUUCUAACCUGUGCUAAGGAUAGAUUGGUGGAAAAGCUGCACAGAGACAUUAGUUUUUCUCAGUUCCUUGUGCUUUCUGAUGUGGCAACUUACUCCAAAUGGGCUAAGAAUUCGAAAUGAGAUGUAGCUGCUCAGCUGCAAGACGCUUUAUUUGGUAAAAGAUGGGAGAAUCCUUUGUAUAUAUUUAUUCAUUUUUAUUAGUGAGAGUGAAAACCACACUUGGGAGGAUAGCAGAGCCUCUUGCUAGUCAUAAAUCCUACUAAAAGUUAAUAAAUAAUCCUGUAAGACAUUUACUUUUUCAAAUAAACUUGCAUCAUCUCAUUCACCCAUCAAAUGCUGGUAGUUUUUCAUGCUACUUUCAACAACUUUUCAUAGCCACAUUCCAAAGUGCACAAGUAUAUUGACAUAUAUCUUGUGAGUCAUCUAGUUAGAAGAUAGAGGCAAAUGAUCUCUGUGGGUUGUAAAGUUAAGUUCCAAUAACUGGGCCCACAUGGUUCAAUGGGACUCACAGAUUAGUGUAUAUAUAGAAUUUCAGUCUAAGACAUACUGUUGUGAGUCACCCAGUCUUGUGAAAACCUGUAGAGGAGUAUAAGUAACAGAAGCACAAUUUUUUUGGAAUGUACCUGAUGCUUGUGUGUGUGAACAGUGUGUGUUUCAGUGUGUGACUGCCGAAGUGAACAUUGCUUGAUGUUUAGGCCAGAAAGAUAUGUGGGGAACACUGAAAACAGCAAUGUCUCCUCUGGUAAUGUCUAGUAAUACAAAAUGCAUUGUAUGUGCCAUUGGGCUCCUUGCUAGUCCCACACUACGCAGUUUCAUUGGUUGCUGCUUGCAAUGGCCAGGAAGCCCUUAGCAUAAUGACCUUGUUGUAUGUUUUGUACUAUUAGGGAGGAAGAGAAGAUGCUCUUUGUUUUUGGUGGGAGACGCAAAUAUUCUAAUGUCUUGUUCUAGCCUCAAUGUAUAAAGUUCAUAAUAUUGUGGUACUGCAUUUGUCUUUUUAGGAUAUGGAAAAUAAAUAGAUUUUUAAGCGUGUUCUGGGAAUCUGAACCCAGCUUAAUAUGAACCAAAUUCCAGCUCUACAAUUCUGUGAUUCUGUGAAUUUGUGCAGUGGUUGCUUCUUUUUCCCCUGCAAAAUAGUGUUCCAUUCCAAACAGCUGGUGUUUAAGUAUUAAUGGGUGUUCUUAGUGUUCUCAAAUUUUUGGCCUGAUAAAUUGAAAUUCUGUUGGGUUUUUCCCUUCUAGGGUAGUGUAUUUUGAUGAUCAUCUGGACAGGAACUUCCUGUGCCUUUGAUUUAGCAGUUUCGUAAUAAGCCAUAAGCACAGGAGGUUCCUCUGCAGGGACUGCUUUGUGCGACCUAAAAGCAGGUUUGCUGUGUGGCACGUCAGUUUCUCCCUCCCACAUUUCCACUUACAGCUGCAGACUUUGUACUUAGAGCUUUUAUCUUGUGAUUGGCCUCAAGUUAUAACAAGGAGGACCCUUCAGAUCCUUUUGGAUGAAUAGCACACAUUUGUGUGGCAUGUUUUGUGAAGAGUUAAUAACAGCAACUAUCCCUGUAAUGUGUAAUAUGUGAUGUCAUGAGUUUGUCCUUUGACAGGUAGUCAGAUUGUAGGAAAAUAUGCAACUACAAGCUUUCAGCACCUGAAAGUUUGCUAAUAUGAGUGGUGAAAUGAAUUAUGAUUAGUAACACUUAGAAGUAAUUUGUCAGUCCCCACAAAAAGUCCAUGCAAUCACAUCCUUAGAGGCUAAAUAUAACACGAUGCUCUGGCAGGGGUGGCUAAUCAGUGGCUCCCCAGAUGUUGAUGGACUCCAGCUCCCUUCGGUAUCUCCCAGCAUGGUGAAUGGUGAGGGAUAAUGGGAGUUGUUGUCCAAUAACAUCUGGGGGGGGCAUAGAAUAGGCACCCCAUUUCUAUUAGUUUCCCUCCACUUACUAAUGCCAGCGUUUUUCAUUAAAGGGUAGGAAAUAGAUUAACAAGUUUUAAACCUUUGAUUCUCCUUCACUGUGUAUCCUACAUUUUUUUUAAUCGAAGGUAAAUUACUUCUCUGUGAAACUCUUGCCUUGUCAAAGCUCAUACUGAAGAGAGAAUUCUUACCAUUUUGUAGAAACUCAAGUCUGCUUUCUUAGAAUGUUACGCAAAUAGUAGUUCUAAUAACUGGCCCACACUUUUCGAUUAUGCAAAUAAAGCUGAACAAAUUGAUUUUGUGUUUUUCAUUUGCUCACCCCAAAUAUGUAGAUUCUGACAAGUAACCUUGUUGGGUUUUUUGUUUUUUAAAAAAGGUUUCUGGAACUCUCUUGCCAGUAUUACACAAUGCACUGUGAAAUCCUUUUCUGUUGUCGUGUUUGCUUAGGUUUUGGAUUUUGUUUUAUUUUUUGUAAUUGCAUUCUGCUCUAAAAUUGUACAAAAAGGAACAGGUCAGGGUAUUUUCAUACUUUAGAAUAUGUUUGUUUAUAAAGCCAAUAGAGUAUUUUGUAUAAACAGAUUUUAUUGUACUGUAUUGAGCUGCGACAUAAAACCAAGUUAUAUGUUCAGAAGUUCCAUGUGUCAAGAAUUCGUAAUAACUGGUUCACAUUGCAAUAAACUAACAAUGAAAAAUUU